GCCUAAAAAUUUCAUUCUUUAUCUGCAAUUGAAAAAAAAAAAAAAAGGGAAAAAAAAAAUGGAAGCUUGUUUAUUCACCGCCAAUUCCUUCACCAAAACCCUAGAAUUAUCUCCUUCGAUCAGACCCAAAAUCCUCAAUUUCCCCAAGAAAAUCUCUACUCAAGUUCAUUUCAGGAAAGUUGGAAAUCAGCCUUCUAUAACAUGUUGUUUACCGGGAUCAUACUCACCGUCCGAUGAUGAUAAGAAGCCGAUGAUCGAUUCCGAUUGGAGAUCAUUCAGAGCAAAACUGGUCGCCGGAGAACAAAUUGUUAGGCCUCAAGCGGAGGAGCCUUCCCCGUCCGCUGAUCUCGACACAGUGGUGGAUCAUCCGCCGUCGAUCAACAUCGGAGACAAAUGGGCACAUACGAUUCACGAGCCCGAAAAGGGUUGCCUCCUCAUAGCGACGGAGAAGCUCGAUGGGGUGCACAUCUUUGAGCGUACGGUCAUCUUGCUCUUAGCUACUGGGCCUUUAGGCCCAUCAGGAAUCAUUCUAAACCGGCCUUCUCUCAUGUCCAUUAAGGAGACGAGGUCCACGGCCCUGGACAUUGCUGGCACGUUCUCUGACAGGCCUUUGUUCUUUGGUGGGCCUCUAGAGGAGGGCCUGUUCUUGGUGAGCCCACAAGGGGGUGAUGACGUGGUGGGAAAGAGUGGUGUGUUUGAUGAAGUUAUGAAGGGGUUAUAUUUUGGAACAAAAGAGACUGUGGGCUGUGCUGCUGAAAUGGUUAAGAGGGAUAUGGUUGCGAUUGGGGAUUUUAGAUUUUUUGAUGGGUAUUGUGGUUGGGAGAAGGAGCAAUUGAGAGAUGAAAUUAAAGCUGGCUAUUGGACGGUGGCAGCGUGUAGCCCAAAUGUUGUUGGGCUUGCAAGCGUUGGAAGUGUUGGGCUUUGGGAGGAAAUUCUUGGGCUUAUGGGCCCUAGAAAAGUGUGGUGAGUUGGAGAUAUGAGUGAGUAGUUGGACUUGGAAGUUAGUAGGACCCAUUGUAUAAUGUAUAAUGUAUAAAUAUAAUAGUAUUACUUUGUUUUUGUUGUUAAAAAAUCCUUUGAUGGCCACUAUUCAAGUGCUGACUCUAUUUUAUUGGGUCUUUUAUUUCUGUAAUGAAGUUGCAUGGUGAACAUUAACUACUAAAAUUUUCAGUGUCUAGAUUAAUAGUAUAUCCUCUUUCGAUUUAUUUAAUGAAAUACUUCUUCUGAUUGGCUAUUAUAAUACAAU